AUGCGUCUCCGCGAUGACCCCGUGUCCUCCGCAAACCCGCCCUCGUCCCAGCCCUCCCAGCAGCAGUCCGCGGCUCAGUCGUCCUCCGCCCCCACUGCUACACGAAACACCCGCAAACGAAAAACACCUCCCACUCCUGCCAAUCCUCCCCCACCUCAGCAGCAGCAUCCUCCCCCACCGCCUCCCGGAAUGCAUCUAGGACAGAUCCUCCCUCCUCCCCAUGCUCUCAUGCCGCCACCCGGAAUGGGCCACCCUCCACAUCCACCCAUCUACCAGUAUGCCCCCCCUGAGUACUCCCAGCAACACCCACACCCUCCUCAGGGCGAACAAUCACAGCAGUCCAUCAACGGCCCAUCACCUGAUCAGUCCGGUGAACAGUCUCCAAAAGCCGGUCCAGGGGGUCGCCAGCUCAGUCAGAGCAAGCGGGCGGAACAGAAUAGAAAGGCACAGAGAGCCUUCAGAGAAAGAAGGGAUCAGCAUGUCAAAGCACUGGAAUCCCGUUCGCAACUACUCGAUGCUGCUCUUGCAUCGGCCGAUGAAGCAAAUCGGAGAUGGGAGGAGUGCCGCACGCUUGUUGACCAAUUGCGCAUCGAGAAUGCUGCACUGCGGGCCGCCUUAAGUCAGGCGCAGGCCCAAUUAGGCCAACUCGGUCAAGGCCCGAUCCUUCCCACACCCCCAACCCCGACGGCUCAACAGCACCCACAACAACCACAGCAGCAGCAGCAGCAGCAUCAGCCACAGGAGAGCUCGCCAAAAGACGAAAAGAAGGAAACUCCUGUAAUUAAGAGCGACGGGUAG